CGUCCACCGCAGCAGAGUCCUGUGGACAGUCGCUACGCAGCAGCUAAUGCCCUCAAAUUGGGGCCAGAUAGAGACAAGAAAACAUUAUUGCCAUCCUGGACGUGUUCUGCAGAGCAAAGUGUUUGAGGCAUUUCCGCCGGCGAGUCAGCGCGCUGCCCUUCGGCGCAAAGGCACUAGCCACACCCGCUAGAACCGAAGCAUCCGCCUCUGAGCGCAUGCUUGUGUCCUCCUGGCCUCUUCUUCUGCACACGGCUUACAGAAGUUUCUUCUGCCCCUCUCUAUCGCUUUAAUGCCAUCGAUUGCGGCCGCUCCAUCAGCCCGCUCCUAAUUCACCAUGUUGCGCGUUUCGCUACGCUGCACCCGCCAGCUCCAGAGCUGCGCGGCGCGAGCAAGCUUCUCGACAGCUGCCGCCGCGCCGUCGAGGGCCGCCAUCACCGCAAGUCGCAGGCCGCUUGCGCUGUCCGCCCAGCGCCAGCAGCGGCGCAAGUACGCCCUCGCUGCCGAGGACACAGACAAGGGCGUUGACCCCAACGACUCGUUCCUCCAAGGCAACACGGCCAAUUAUGUCGACGAGAUGUACAUGCAGUGGAAGCGUGACCCGUCGAGCGUGCACUACUCAUGGCAGGUCUACUUCCGCAACAUGGAGUCCGGAGACAUGCCCGUCUCGCAAGCCUUUCAGCCGCCACCGACCAUUGUACCCGCCCCCCACGGCGGACUGGGCCCGGACAUUAGACCUGGGCUCGGAAUGGGCGUGGGAGAGGGCUCCGACGUUAUGAACCAUCUGAAGGUACAGCUGCUUGUCCGCGCGUACCAGGCCCGAGGGCACCACAAGGCGAAGAUUGACCCGCUGGGCAUCCGCACCGAAGCACACCAAUUUGGAUAUAACAAGCCCCGUGAGCUAGAGCUAUCGCACUACAAUUUUAGCGACAAGGAUUUGGAGCAGGAGUUUGAGCUUGGCCCCGGUAUCCUGCCCCGCUUCAAGACAGAGAACCGCAAGAGCAUGAAACUGAAGGAAAUCAUUGACGCCUGCGAGCGCCUGUACUGCGGAUCGUAUGGCGUCGAGUACAUUCACAUUCCAGACAGGGAGCAGUGCGACUGGCUGCGUGAGCGCAUCGAGAUCCCCCAGCCCUACAAGUACUCGGUCGACGAGAAGCGGCGUAUCCUGGACCGCCUGAUCUGGGGCACCAAUUUCGAGGCAUUUUUGGCCACCAAAUAUCCGAAUGACAAGCGUUUCGGUCUCGAGGGCGGCGAGAGCCUGAUUCCCGGCAUGAAGGCGCUGAUCGACCGAAGCGUCGACUAUGGCGUCAAGGACAUUGUGAUUGGCAUGCCGCAUCGUGGACGUCUCAACGUGCUUAGCAACGUCGUCAGGAAACCGAACGAGUCCAUUUUCAGCGAAUUCGCCGGAACCGCUGAGCCGGGCGAUGAGGGUUCUGGUGACGUCAAGUACCACUUGGGUAUGAACUUCGAGCGCCCGACCCCCUCUGGCAAGCGUGUGCAGCUGUCCCUAGUUGCCAAUCCGUCGCACUUGGAAGCCGAAGACCCAGUCGUGCUAGGCAAGACCCGAGCCAUCCUGCACUACAACAACGAUGAGCAAGAAGCUCGCACUGCCAUGGGUGUGCUCUUGCACGGAGAUGCCGCCUUUGCUGGUCAGGGUGUAGUGUACGAGACCAUGGGCUUCUACUCUCUCCCUAGCUACCAUACUGGCGGAACUAUCCACCUCAUCGUGAACAACCAGAUUGGUUUCACGACAGAUCCCCGCUUCGCUCGAUCCACUCCCUACUGCUCAGAUAUUGCCAAGGCCAUUGAUGCCCCGGUCUUCCAUGUCAACGGAGACGACGUAGAAGCGUUCAACUUCGUUUGUCAGCUCGCAGCCGAUUUCCGUGCCGAGUUCAAGAAGGAUGUUGUCAUCGACAUGGUGUGCUACCGAAAGCAGGGCCACAAUGAGACCGACCAGCCCUUCUUCACCCAGCCGUUAAUGUACAAGAAGAUCUCGGAACACCCCCCCGCACUGGACAUCUACGUCAAGAAGCUAUUGGAGGAAAAGACCUUCACUAAGGAGGACAUUGAAGAGCACAAGGCUUGGGUGUGGGGCAUGCUCGAUGAGAGCUUCAACCGCAGCAAAGACUACCAGCCUACGGCCAAGGAGUGGCUUACCUCUGCCUGGAACGGAUUCAAAUCGCCCAAGGAGCUUGCGACCGAAGUCCUUCCCCAUCUGCCAACCGCCGUUGAGCAGUCUACUCUAACGCACAUUGCUGAGGCCAUCGGUAAUCCGCCCAAGGACUUCACCGUGCACCGUAAUCUGAAGCGUAUUCUUGCGGGUCGCACCAAGACUGUUGUAGAAGGCAAGAACAUCGACAUGGCCACUGCGGAAGCCCUGGCUUUUGGCACUCUCUGUAUGGAGGGCCACCACGUGCGCGUGUCGGGACAGGACGUUGAGCGUGGCACCUUCUCGCAGCGUCAUGCAGUGCUCCAUGACCAGGAGACAGAGAAGACGCACACGCCCCUGCAGCAUCUCAGCGAUGAUCAAGCUACCUUUGUUAUUUCUAAUUCCUCGCUCAGCGAGUUCGGAGUGCUCGGCUUUGAAUACGGAUACUCGCUCUCCUCUCCGAACGCUCUUGUAAUGUGGGAGGCGCAGUUUGGCGACUUUGCUAACAACGCCCAAUGUAUCAUCGAUCAGUUCAUUGCCUCUGGUGAAACCAAGUGGCUCCAGCGAUCAGGCCUCGUCAUGAGCUUGCCCCACGGUUACGAUGGUCAAGGCCCAGAGCAUUCGUCUGGACGCAUGGAGCGCUACCUACAGCUUUGCAACGAAGACCCGCGUGUGUUCCCAUCACCCGACAAGCUCGAUCGCCAGCACCAGGACUGCAAUAUGCAGGUCGCCUAUCUCACAAAGCCGUCCAACAUGUUCCAUAUCCUGCGACGACAGAUGAACCGACAGUUCCGCAAACCGCUCAUCCUCUUCUUCUCGAAAAAUCUCCUGCGUCACCCAAUGGCGCGCUCGGACAUUGAAGAGUUUACUGGCGACUCUCACUUCCAGUGGGUGGUUCCCGAUCCCGCACACCAGACCGGCGAUAUUGGCUCGCACGACGAGAUCAAGCGUGUGAUUAUUUGCACGGGUCAAGUGUACGCUACCCUUGUCAAGGAACGUCAAGCCCGCGAACUCAAGGAUGUCGCGAUCACGCGCAUCGAGCAGUUGCAUCCUUUCCCGUGGCAACAGCUCAGGGAGAACCUGGACUCGUAUCCGAACGCACAGAACAUCAUCUGGUGCCAGGAGGAGCCAUUGAAUGCCGGUGCAUGGAGCUUCACACAACCCAGAAUUGAGACGCUCCUUAACCAGACGGAGCAUCAUAACAGGAGACACGUCAUGUAUGCAGGCCGGAGUCCAAGCGCGUCAGUGGCCACGGGUCUGAAGGCGGCGCACCAGAAGGAGGAGAAGGAUCUCUUGCAGAUGGCCUUUACCGUCAAGCAAGAUAAGCUGAAGGGAGAGUAAAGACAUGUGGUCUGUAGGAUAGACGGGGAAUGAGCUGUGGAAGCUUCUUGAUAUUCUUGCAUUGCCCUACUCCCCAGAUUAUUCUGGUACGUAGUUGUUUGGGCGGUCCGCGUUUUCUUGGAUCGCACGGGGAAUCAGGGUCGGUUUUGUACAUUUGCAUGAUAAGGAGUGUAUGUAUACGGUCUGGAGUGUAGUAUAAAAGUUGUCCUCGUGUUCUGUGACCAGCUGUGCCUGCAAGACGUUCGAGGUGUCGCGUGGGCUUCGGUGGGAGGUUGCCGAGCUUGAACAGCCAUCCCUAUCAACCGAUCCAGACCUUCGGCGACCAAAAGAAUUGCCGGAUAAACUUUCUGCGAGCGUUUCUGC